UAAACGUAAACUUCCUUUGGUGCAACCGAAAGCAAGAUACACUUGUCAGAUGCUGACGACGAAUAUUUUUCAGAGGUGACACAAACAGAAAAGGAUGUUAAGUAGAAGCAGCAUAGAUGAGGCAAACAGGCAUCUGUAUGCCAUGCAUCAACAAAUCCAGUCCUUAGAAGGAAUGAUUCAGCAGCAGAAUCAGGAAUUACUGGACCGUGAUCAGCAGCUAGUGCAAUUAGAAGAGAACAAAAAUCGGGAAAUACAGACUUUAAAAAAACGAGUUCAGCAACUAGAAGAGGAGGCAGAAGUCCGUGAGUCAUCAAUUCAGGACCUUAAAGGAAGUGUCAGUCACCUCCAGUCAGUCUUACAAUUCCUACCAUGUGUCAGGGGACUCUUAAAGGAAAUGGAACACUCAGCAGCAAAAACAUCUCAGGAAAAUUCCCUGUCUAAUCACACAGACAGUCAUACAGACGAAGCGAUGGUAAAUCACAGCAAUAGUGUGUCUCCUGGAAAUGUCACCUCAAAGAGGGAGAAGGAGUAUUACUUUUGAUAAAUGGCAGGUUUCAUAGUACACUUCUAAUUUACACAUGAUAAUUUAUAUCUACUUCGACUAGGUGUACUUAAGUACAUACAGUUUAUUGGCAAUAUUUUUAAUCCAUUCAGUGUUGUAUACAAUACAAGUAUUAUUACAUAUAUUUAAUACCUUUUUCUUCACUUAUUUUUAAGUCACAGAUGUGUGAUAUGAAACUGCUGAUUUGAUCUUUUGUUUAUUUUGAUAUCUUUUAAAUUUUCUAAAAUCAGCUUAUUAGAUAUCAACAAUACAGCUGAAAUGUAUCAUGAUAUACUGUGAUACACUGAGGAUGUUUCAUGAUAUGUAUCAUAUUAAUAUAACACCUAACACAUUUUUAUAUGAAUUAUGUCUCCGAUCUGAAAUGAGAAAGUGUUAUAUGCUAUAAGAAUAAACAAAAUGUAGAUUUUGUUUUUAAGAAUCAAAAUUUGAUAAGGUCGGAAACAAGUCAAAAUGGGUCAAAAUUGUAAUUUUACUAAAUUAGUACAGAAAAUCACUUGCAUUUAAAAGACUGAUAAUAAUAUAAAUGAUUCUAAGAGCAAAGAAAUUUUCUGAUGCAAGGCUAAAUCCUAGGUGGUGUCAUUUCUUUUUAGCAGGUUUUUUUUUUAAAUCUUGUUAGUGGAUAUUAAGUUAUUACCUUUUAAUAAUUUUUCAAAAAUAAUAAAAUGAAUGUUAUGGUACCAUAUAUU